UUCUGCCAGUUGCUCAGAGUGUUUCAGAGUCUGUCAGGUCCACACAGCUGCUGCUGAUGAAGAUGAUGAAGGUGAUGAAGGUGUCAGAGCUGCUCCUCAUCCUCUCUUGUGUCCUCUGUGUCCCAGCAGACAAUCUGCAUGAAGAUAUUCGUAUCGCCGGCUGUUCAGACUCCGGAGAGUCAAAUGGAGAGUUCAUGUAUGGACUUGACGGUGAAGAGAAGUAUUACUCAGACUUUAACAACAAGAGAGGAGUUUACCCUGCACCUGACUUUAUAAAUCCUUUCAGCUACAUAGGGGACAUUUUUCAGUUCUCUCAGCGUGAACUGGGAACCUGCAGAAGGAACCUGAAACUAAAUCUAGACAACUUUAAGAACCUACCACUGCAGCUCGAUCCUCCUUCAAGUCCGAUUGUCUACCCGAAAGACAAGAUGGAGCUCGGAGUCCAGAACACGCUGAUCUGUCAUGUGACCGGUUUCUACCCUGCUCCUGUUAAAGUCUACUGGACCAAGAACGGAGAGAACAUGACUGAAGGAACCAGCAUCAAUGUUCCCUACCCCAACAAAGAUGGUUCCUACAGACAGACCUCCAGACUGGAGUUCAUCCCACAGCAGGGAGACAUCUACAGCUGUAGAGUGACUCACCCAGCGACCGAACCACUGACCAGGAUGUGGGAUGUGGAGGUGCAGCAGCCAGGUGUUGGACCUGCAGUGUUUUGUGGACUGGGUCUGACCGUCGGUCUGCUCGGUGUGGCGGCUGGAACCUUCUUCCUUGUCAAAGGAAACGAGUGCAGCUGAU